ACCCUACAAUUCCCACCUUGUCACUCCCUCCCUUCUUCAUUACAAAUUUAGGGCUUUUUUUGUUGCCCGGUCUAGGAUCCUGUGCUCUGUAAUUUUGGGCUUCAAUCCCUUCAAACUACAUUUUGAUUUUAGGGUUUUGCGAGAGCAAUGUCGUGGGACGACGAGAUCGUGGUGCGCGACGUCACCAACGCCGGUCUCGUCGUGAGUGACCGUAUUAAUCGCGAUGUUGCUGCUCAGACUGACCUCGAAGAAGCCCUGGAAGCUUCUAGAUACACUAGUCAUCCGUAUUCCACUCAUCCUCGAGAGUGGCCUCCUUUGGUUGAAGUGGUGGAUACUUGGGAAUUGCCUCCUGUGCUUAUUGAAAGAUAUAAUGCAGCUGGUGGGGAAGGGACUGCUCUAUGUGGAGUGUUUCCUGAGAUACGCAGGGCAUGGGCUUCAGUCGACAACUCUUUGUUUCUUUGGCGUUUUGAUAAGUGGGAUGGCCAGUGUCCUGAAUACAGUGGGGAGGAACAAGCUAUUUGUGCCGUUGGCCUUGCCAAAUCUAAACCUGGAGUUUUUGUGGAAGCUAUCCAAUAUCUUUUGGUGUUAGCAACUCCUGUUGAGUUGAUUCUUGUAGGUGUUUGCUGCUGCGGAAGGGGUGAUGGAACAGAUCCAUAUGAGGAGGUUUCACUGCAACUUCUGCCAGAAUAUACAAUACCAUCCGAUGGGGUCACCAUGACUUGCAUCACUUGUACUGACAAGGGUCGCAUUUUCCUGGCUGGACGUGAUGGCCACAUUUAUGAGAUGCAUUACACAACUGGUUCAGGCUGGAAUAAGCGUUGUCGUAAAGUUUGCCUCACUGUGGGAUUGGGAAGUGUCAUUUCAAGGUGGAUUGUGCCAACUGUAUUCAAGUUUGGAGCUGUUGACCCCAUUGUUGAAAUGGUUGUUGAUAAUGAAAGACACAUUCUUUAUGCACGAACAGAAGAGAUGAAACUUCAAGUUUUUGUUCUGGGCCCAAAAGGAGAUGGUCCCCUUAAGAAGGUGGCAGAAGAAAGGAGUUUGAUCAAUCAGAAGGAUGCACAUUAUGGUGGCAGACAAUCAGCAGGAUCAAGACCCUCAAAUCGAUCAGCAAAGCCUUCUAUAAUUUGCAUUUCUCCUUUGUCUACACUGGAAUCAAAGUGGCUACACCUAGUUGCUGUUUUAUCCGAUGGAAGAAGGAUGUACCUCUCCACUGCUCCAUCUAGUGGAAACAGUGGUGCUGUUGGAGGUUUAAGUGGAUUUAAUACUAGCCAUCAUAAGCCAAACUGUUUAAAAGUAGUAACAACUAGGCCCUCUCCUCCUUUGGGAGUUACUGGUGGACUUGCCUUUGGAGCCAUAUCUCUUUCUAGUAGAACUCAAAAUGAGGAUCUUGCACUGAAGGUUGAGUCAGCAUAUUAUUCAGCAGGAGCUCUUGUCCUUUCUGAUUCAUCACCGCCAACUAUGUCUUCUCUUCUUAUUGUGGGCAGGGAUUCAAGCACACAAUCAUCAGUGUCAGGUGGUUUAGGGACAACUGCAAGGACUUCUCGGGCAUUGAGAGAAUCUGUAUCUUCCCUACCUGUUGAAGGCCGAAUGCUUUUUGUGGCUGAUGUUCUACCAUCACCAGAUAUAGCAGCCACAGUGCAGUCACUUUAUUCAGAAUUGGAAUUCUCUGGAUUUGAAAGUUCAGGGGAAUCCUGUGAAAAGGCAUGUGGAAAACUUUGGGCUAGAGGAGACCUAUCAACCCAACAUAUAUUACCAAGGAGGAGAAUCGUGGUAUUCAGUACAAUGGGGAUGAUGGAAGUAGUUUUUAACCGGCCAGUGGAUAUUCUUAGAAGGUUGUUAGAAUCUAGCUCACCAAGAUCAUUGUUAGAAGAUUUUUUUAACCGUUUUGGAGCUGGAGAGGCAGCUGCUAUGUGUUUAAUGCUAGCUGCAAAGAUAGUCCACACGGAAAAUCUCAUAAGCAAUGUUGUCUCUGAGAAGGCAGCUGAAGCCUUUGAGGAUCCAAGAGUUGUUGGAAUGCCACAACUUGAAGGUAGUAGUGCAUUUUCAAACACUAGAACGGCAGCUGGGGGGUUCAGCAUGGGACAGGUUGUUCAAGAAGCUGAGCCCAUCUUUUCUGGUGCGCAUGAAGGACUGUGCUUGUGCUCAUCAAGGUUGCUUCUUCCUGUGUGGGAACUUCCUGUUAUGGUCAUGAAAAGUGGUUUAGACACUUCCAAUGCUAUGUCUGAAAGUGGGAUAGUUGCAUGCAGACUCUCCAGUGGGGCAAUGCAAGUCCUUGAAAACAAGAUUCGCGCCUUGGAGAAGUUUCUAAGGUCUAGGAGGAACCAGAGAAGAGGACUCUAUGGUUGUGUUGCUGGUCUAGGGGACUUGACUGGAUCUAUUCUCUAUGGAACCGGUUCAGACUUGGGUGCUGGUGACAAUAGUAUGGUUAGAAACUUAUUUGGUGCUUACUCUCGGAGUAUUGAACCUGGAGAUGGAGGAACAUCAAAUAAAAGGCAGCGGCUUCCAUAUAGUCCUGCAGAACUGGCUGCUAUGGAGGUGAGAGCCAUGGAAUGUAUCAGGCAGUUGCUUCUUAGAUCUGCUGAAGCUCUGUUUUUGCUCCAACAACUUUGUCAGCAUCAUGUAACACGCUUGGUUCAGGGUUUUGAUGUUAAUCUACGACAAGAAUUAGUUCAAUUAACAUUUCACCAACUUGUUUGUUCUGAGGAGGGUGAUCGGCUAGCUACAAGGCUUAUAUCUUCUCUGAUGGAGUAUUACACUGGUCCUGAUGGCAGGGGAACAGUUGACGAUAUUAGUGCAAGAUUGCGAGAGGGUUGUCCAAGCUAUUACAAGGAGUCUGAUUACAAAUUUUACUUAGCUGUGGAGUUUCUUGAGAGAGCUGCUGUGACUUCUGACACUGAAGAGAAGGAAAAUCUUGCUAGAGAGGCCUUCAAUUUCUUGAGUAAAGUUCCAGAGUCUGCAGAUCUGCGAACUGUUUGCAAAAGAUUUGAGGACUUGAGAUUUUAUGAAGCUGUGGUUCGCUUACCACUGCAAAAGGCACAAGCUCUUGACCCUGCAGGUGAUGCUUUCAAUGAGCAACUUGAUGCAGGAACUCGGGAACAUGCACUUGCUCAGCUUGAACAGUGCUAUGAGAUUAUCACCAGUGCUUUGCGUUCUCUAAAGGGUGAGGCUUCCCAGAAGGAAUUUGGAUCUCCUGUGAGGCCUGCUGCUCGAUCCACCCUUGAUCAGGCUUCUCGAGACAAAUACAUACGCCAAAUUGUUCAGCUUGGUGUUCAAUCAUCUGACAGAGUCUUUCAUGAGUACUUGUACCGCACUAUGAUCGAUUUGGGCCUUGAAAAUGAGCUUUUAGAAUAUGGAGGUCCUGAUCUGGUGCCUUUUCUGCAGAAUGCUGGUCGUGAAUCUUUGCAAGAGGUUCGGGCUGUUUCUUCAAUAACAUCAACAAGGUCUCCAGUGGGUCUAUUUGGAGCACCUGUUCCAUCCAAUCAAACCAAGUAUUUUGAUCUUUUGGCACGGUAUUAUGUCUUGAAGAGGCAACAUGUACUUGCAGCUCAUGUAUUACUAAGACUGGCAGAGAGGCGCUCAACGGAUGCAGGAGAUGUCCCUACUUUAGAGCAGAGGCGCCAGUACCUGAGUAAUGCAGUUCUGCAGGCAAAGAAUGCAAGCAAUAGUGACGGUCUAGUAGGUUCUGUCCGGGGUGCCUCUGACAAUGGACUGCUGGAUUUGCUUGAAGGGAAGCUUGCUGUUCUCCGGUUUCAAAUAAAGAUCAAAGGGGAACUGGAGGCUAUAGCUUCCAGAUUAGAAUCUUCCAAUGUUACAUCUGAAUCUGUCCUGAAUGAAUCAUGCUCUGAGAGCAACCUGAAUGCUGAUACCAAUUUUGCAAACACUGUACAAGAAAAGGCCAGAGAGAUAUCACUGGAUUUGAAGAGUAUUACUCAACUAUAUAAUGAAUAUGCUGUUCCAUUUGAGCUUUGGGAGAUAUGCCUGGAAAUGCUGUAUUUUGCUAACUAUUCUGGUGAUGCUGAUAGUAGCAUUGUAAGAGAAACCUGGGCUAGACUUAUUGAUCAAGCUCUUUCAAAAGGCGGCAUUGCUGAAGCUUGUUCAGUCCUGAAGAGGGUUGGUUCUCACAUUUAUCCUGGAGAUGGAGCUGUUUUACCUUUGGACACAUUAUGUCUCCACCUUGAGAAGGCUGCAUUGGAGCGGUUAGGUUCUGGGGUUGAACCUGUUGGAGAUGAAGAUGUUGUGAGAGCUCUUCUCGCUGCUUGCAAGGGUGCAACUGAACCUGUAUUAAACACUUAUGAACAAUUGUUAUCAAAUGGAGCUAUUUUGCCAUCGCCAAACCUGAGGUUACGCCUUCUCCGUUCAGUUCUUGUGGUUCUUCGUGAAUGGGCAAUGUCUGUAUUUGCACAGAGAAUGGGCACAAGUGCUACUGGAGCUUCUCUAAUUUUAGGUGGUGCAUUUUCUUUGGAGCAAACAACUGUCAUUAACCAAGGGGUUCGAGAUAAAAUCACAAGUGCUGCAAACAGGUAUAUGACCGAGGUGCGGAGGCUAGCCCUUCCACAGAGCCAGACCGAGGCCGUCUACCGUGGCUUCCGAGAGCUGGAGGAGUCCCUAAUAAGUCCUUUUUCUUUUGAGCUGUACUGAUUGCCUUGUAUUCCAUGCCCAGUAGUGUUUCAAAUGUCCUUUCUCCACUCUGGUGCUGUUUUAGCUCUGCAAAUAAAAACGUUCAUUUUUCAUAUUGGAACAUCACAUUUAAUUAUUUAAAUGUAACAGUAAUCUUUGGUCUUACGGAGAAGAUGUAAUGAUUUGUGGAAUAUUUUGUUCUGAGAUGAAAAGAAAUCCAUGGUGGAGCCUACCCAAAUGUGCUUGCAUCAGUUUUGUCA